AUGGGCGCGCUCGGCGGGAUGCGGCGGAACGUGGAGGUGAAGGCGCGGCUGAGGGCGCGGGAGGCAGCGCUGGGGGCGGCCCUCAGGCUGAGGGGGCUGCGCCCGCCGGGCCGGGAGCGCCCCGCGGCCGGGCCGGGCGAGGGGCAGGAGCCGCCCCCGGUGUGUCCCGGGGCCGGGCCGGGCACGGGCGAGGGGCAGGAGCCGCUCCAGGAGCGCCCCGCGGCCGGGCCGGGUGAGGGGCAGGAGCCGCCCCCGGUGUGUCCCGGGGCCGGGCCGGGCACGGGUGAGGGGCAGGAGCCGCUCCCGGUGUGUCCCGGGGCCGGGCAGGUGCUGCUCCAGACCGACACGUUCUUCCGGGUGCCGCGGGGGCGGCUCAAGCUGCGCCGGACACAGGACGGCCGGGGGGAGCUGAUUUUCUACGAGCGCCCCGACAGCGCCGGCCCCAAACUGUCCAGGUUCAGCAUCACGCCCACGGCCGACCCCGAGGGGCUGCAGGCGGUGCUGUCGCAGUCCCUGGGCGUGCUGGGCACGGUGAGGAAGGAGCGGCUGCUGUUCCUGCUGGGCCAGACCCGGCUGCACCUGGACCGCGUGCAGGGGCUCGGGGACUUCCUGGAGCUGGAGGUGGUGCUGCGGCCGGAGCAGAGCGAGGAGGACGGGCAGCGCCUGGCGCGGGAGCUGCUGCGGGAGCUCGGCGUCGGGGAGCGCGACCUCGUCUCCGGGGCCUACCUGGACCUGCUGCUGGCACGGGGGGACAGCGGGGACACCCCCCUGUGCCACCCCCCGGCCGGCCAGGGCCAGCAGGGCUGAGGGCAGGGGGGGCUGCUGGCUGUGCCCACCCUAUAAACGUGCUGUGCCCCUAUGGACACCCUGUGCCCACCCUAUAAACGUGCUGUGCCCCUAUGGACACCCUGUGCCUUGUCCCACCCCAUAAACACCCUGUGCCCACCCUAUAAACACCCUGUGACCCUUAUGGACACCCUGUGACCCUUAUGGACACCCUGUGCCCACCCUAUAAACACCCUGUGACCCUUAUGGACACCCUGUGACCCUUAUGGACACCCUGUGCCCACCCUAUAAACACCCUGUGACCCUUAUGGAUACCCUGUGACCCUUAUGGACGCCCUAUGCCCACCCUAUAAAUGUGCUGUGCCCCAUGGACACCCUGUGCCUUGUCCCACCCCAUAAACACCCUGUGCCCACCCCAUAAACACCCUGUGCCCACCCUAUAAACACCCUGUGACCCUUAUGGAUACCCUGUGACCCUUAUGGACACCCUGUGCCCACCCUAUAAACACCCUGUGCCCCCUAUGGACACCCUGUGCCUUGUUAUACCCUAUAAACACCCUGUGCCCACCCUAUAAACACCCUAUGCCCCUAUGGACACCCUGUGCCCACCCUAUAAACGUGCUGUGCCCCAUGGACACCCUGUGCCCUGUCCCACCCCAUAAACACCCUGUGCCCACCCUAUAAACACUCUGUGCCUUGUCCCACCCCAUAGACACCUUGUGUUCUUAUGGACACCCUAUGCCCACCCCAGCAACACCCCCAGCCCCGUAAUGCCCCCCAGAAACCCCAUACCCACCCCACAGACACCCCCUGCCCUGUCCCACCCUAUAAACACCCCGUGCCCACCCCACAGACACCCCCUGCCCUGUCCCACCCUAUAAACACCCCAUGCCCACCCCACAGACACCCCCAGCCCCAAAACCCCCCAGAAACCCCACGCUGCCCCCGUGGCCACCCUGUCCCCGCCCCGGGUCACCAAUAAACUCCGGCCCCGUGCCCGUGUCCA